AUGACACAGCCGACCUCUGUCAACAUGACCUUCGAUACGUCUCUUGUGGACGUUUCUCAAUUGGACCCCCAAACGCCCAUACUGAAUCAGGGUGAGAUCAGUCAGACUACACCAAAGCCAUCGCAAGCUACAAUCACCGGCCAAGCCUUUCAGUCCUCAACCCCGGUUCAGCACAUACCGACCCAAGAGGCGUAUGAUCAAUGGGCUCAUGUGUACGACACUGAUGGCAACAUGUUGCAAUCCAUUGAUGAUUCUGAACUAAACGAUCUCCUCCCAUCUUUACUCGGCCGUGUUUGUUCGUCCCAUGACAACACUAACAUGGCCCUCAAUCUUCUCGACCUUGGCUGUGGCACAGGCCGUAACACUUCAAAACUUCUGUCCUACAGCUGGCCAUCAAGUCGCAAUAAUGCCAGGAUCAACAUCAUUGGUCUAGAUUUCUCCAAGGGCAUGCUUGACGUUGCAGCCCACAAACUCACCUCUAUGACUCGCGACGCAGAGAAAGUGAUCCUGAGAUUAGAGGAAGCCGACUGCUUCCCUACAGUGCACAAUCCUAGUACUUCACCAAAGCCAAACGUAGCAAACCUGCCACCAAUUGAUGGCCUCAUCAGCACGCUUGUUCUCGAACACAUUCCCUUGCGGGAUUUCUUUGCGACACUUGCGGCCCUAGUUACAAAGGGCGGCUUCGCACUUGUCACUAACAUGCACAACGAAAUGGGCAACAUGUCGCAAGCUGGAUUCGUAAAUGCCGAAGGUGUCAAGGUUAGGGGAGACAGUUAUGUAUACUCCGUCGAAGAGACUAUCGAUGAGGCCCGAAGAGCUGGCUUUGAAGUCGUGAACGUCAAGGAGAGGAGCGUCGAGGAGAAUGAUAUGAGAAAUGGUGUAGUCGGAGAGCGAGGAUGGAAAUGGGUUGGAAUCAGAGUCUGGUAUGGUGUAAUUUUGAAGAAGACUGCAUGA